CUCCGCGGGUGUGCGCCGGGAGUCAGUCCGAGCAGAGGAGUCCCCCGGGCCGCAGCAGGAUCUCCAGCCCCGGACCGGCGGCUCUCCGUUAUCCGCCGCGGGCUGUUUUCUCCGAGGAGGCCCGCUCGAGGGGCAGGAGCGGCGGGACCGAGCCCCGGCGACUCGUCCGGAGGAGGAAAGCGGCUCCCGGUGUUGCCAUCGGGGCAGAGAGCGAGCGUCCGUCCGGGCUUCGUGACCGGGAUCCGGGAGGAGAGGAGCGCUUCCCCCGCUGGAGGUCUGGAAGACCCGCAAGGUGAAGAGAACCGUCUGGACCUCCUCAGAGGGAACCUGCUCCAGGGUCUGGAGGAAAACACCGCUGAGGAUGGAGCUGAAGCUGAUCUUCAUGUCGACGCUGUUGGCCGUCUGUUGUUACUGCGACGCUCAGAGCGAGGUGAACGAGUGCAUCGUCGCCAACGCCAGACACUGCGGGGAGUGCAUCCAGGCCGGAGCCAAGUGUGGCUGGUGUAAAGACCCGGACUUCCUGAAACAGGGCGAGACGGUGACGACGCGCUGCGACGAGCUGCAGUCGCUGCUCAAGAGGGGCUGCGACGAGGCCAUGAUCGAGGACCCGCACGGAGAGCAGGUCGUCCACAGGAACAAGACGGUGACCAACCGGAGGAAGGGGGCGGAGAAGCUGAACCCGGAGGACAUCACGCAGAUCCAGCCCCAGAAGCUGAGCCUCACGCUCCGAUCCGGCGAGCCUCAGUCCUUCGACCUGAAGUUCAAGCGGGCUGAAGAUUACCCCAUCGACCUCUACUACCUGAUGGACCUGUCCUACUCCAUGAAGGACGAUCUGGAGAACGUCAAGAACCUGGGGACCAGCCUCAUGUUGGAGAUGUCCAAGAUCACAUCUGACUUCAAGAUAGGCUUCGGCUCCUUCGUGGAGAAGACCGUCAUGCCGUACAUCAGCACCACGCCGGCCAAGCUGCUCAACCCGUGCACCGGCGACCAGAACUGCACCAGCCCCUUCAGCUACAAGCACGUUCUGAACCUCACCAGCGACGGCAACCAGUUCAACACGCUGGUGGGCCAGCAGCACAUCUCGGGCAACCUGGACUCCCCCGAGGGCGGCUUCGACGCCAUCAUGCAGGUGGCCGUGUGUGGGCAUCACAUCGGCUGGAGGAACGUGACCCGCCUGCUGGUUUUCUCCACCGACGCCGGCUUCCACUUCGCCGGAGACGGAAAGCUGGGCGGCAUCGUGCUGCCGAACGACGGGAAGUGUCACCUGGAGAACAACGUCUACACCAUGAGCCACUACUACGACUACCCCUCCAUCGCCCACCUGGUGCAGAAGCUGAGCGACAACAACAUUCAGACCAUCUUCGCCGUCACAGAGGAGUUCCAGCCUGUUUACCAAGAGCUGAAAAACCUGAUUCCGAAGUCGGCCGUGGGCACGCUGUCCGCCAACUCCAGCAACGUCAUCAACCUCAUCAUAGACGCUUACAAUUCGCUCUCGUCGGAGGUGAUCCUGGAGAACAGUAAGCUUCCAGAAGGAGUGACCAUCGCCUACACCUCCCGCUGCAAGAACGGGCUGGUCAGCGAGGGCGAGAACGGACGGAAGUGCUCCAACAUCUCCAUCGGAGACGAGGUCAUGUUCACCAUCAGCGUGACGUCCAAGGGGUGUCCAAAGCAAGUCAAGCCCGAGACCAUCAAGAUCAAGCCGCUGGGCUUCACCGAGGAGGUGGAGAUCACCCUCAACUUCAUCUGCGAGUGCGAGUGCCACAAAGACGGCGUGGAGAACAGCGACCUCUGCCACUUCGGGAACGGGACGUACGAAUGUGGAGCCUGCAAGUGCAACGACGGCCGCGUGGGCCGGCAGUGCGAGUGCAGCAGCAACGACGUGGCCACGGAGGACAUGGACCGCACCUGCCGCAAGGACAACGGCACCGACAUCUGCAGCAACAACGGCGACUGCGUGUGCGGCACCUGCGAGUGCAAGAAGAGGGACAACCCCGACGAGCGCUACAGCGGCCAGUACUGCGAGUGCGACAACUUCAACUGCGACCGCUCCGGGAACAAGCUGUGUGGAGGUCACGGCCGCUGCGAGUGCAGGGUGUGUGUGUGCGACCCCAUGUGGACCGGCAGCGCCUGCGACUGCUCUCUGGACAACAGCACCUGCAUGGCCAGCAACAAGCAGCUGUGCAACGGCCGCGGAACCUGCGACUGCGGCGUCUGCAAGUGCACCGACCCCAAGUUCCAGGGCCCCACGUGCGAGACCUGCCCCACCUGCCCCGGAGUCUGCGCUCAGCACAAGGACUGCGUGCAGUGCCGGGCGUUCGGCACCGGCGAGAAGAAGGAGACGUGCGAGCGGGACUGCAGCGACUUCAUCAUGAUCAAGGUGAAGACGAGGGACAAGCUGCCGCAGCCCAACGACGCCUCCUACCCCGUCAUGCACUGCAAGGAGCGCGACGCCAACGACUGCUGGUUCUACUACACCUACGCCGUCAACAACAACACGGAGAAGGAGGUGCACGUGGUGGACGCUCUGGAUUGUCCCGCGGGUCCGGACAUCACCCCCAUCGCGGUGGGCGUGGUGGCCGGCAUCGUGCUGAUCGGCCUGGCGCUGCUGCUCAUCUGGAAGCUGCUGAUGAUCAUCCACGACCGGAGGGAGUUCGCCAAGUUCGAGAAGGAGAAGAUGAACGCCAAGUGGGACACGGGUGAAAACCCCAUCUACAAGAGCGCCGUCACCACCGUGGUCAACCCCAAGUACGAAGGCAAAUGAUGAGGCGCCGCCUCCUGAACUGUCCCUCCGGUGGAGUGGCUGUGGCGUCGCAGCAGGAGAAACGCCGCUCGCUCUCUCAUCACAGCAUCUGGCCUCCGCGGCUCUCACCCUCACUCUCGCCUUUCAGUUUAAAAGCCUCUCCUGUAUUGUAGCUGUACAGUAUGCGGUAUGUGUAUAUACUAUCGUGAAACGACGGCGUGAGAUGUUUGUUUUCCUGCCGCUGGACUGAAAUGAGCAGAGGAAUGAGAUUCUGUUUUUCUUUUUAUCUACACUAUGAGGACACUAUGGAUACACUAUAUAUAUAUAUAUGUGGACACACACUCUUCAGCUUGUCUGUGCACUGACUCCACGAGGUGCUGAACUGUCAGCACGUUCUGUCCCUGUGUGUGUGUGUGUGUGUGUGUGUGUGUGUGUGUGUGUGUGUGUGUGUGUGUGUGUGUGUGUGUGUGUGUGUGUGUGUGUGUGUGUGUACACGCUCAUACAGUAAAAAGCAACUGCAAGAAGAAUAUUGAAGGAUUUAUUGGUGCAUUCAUGCAUCUGGAAAGUCAGAAGGUUUAAACUUCCUGUGUAUGUAAUUUACAUUAAUGCUUAAGCUUGAUGAAGUGAUGCCUGUAGCUUUAAUAUUUACACACUGUGGCAUAAAGGGCAGUUUUUUCUGAUAGAAAAAUCAGUUUUUAUCACAAAACUCAGUUUUGGUGACAGAAAAAAAUGCAGUGAAACCUGCAAAGUUUAAUUUCACAGUCAACAUGUAAAAACUGCUUGAAACAUUACAUGGAAUUGUGAUGAGUAGAAACACUCACAUGUCAGCUAUCCAGAGUUCAGAGGAACAAACGUCCCUCUUCCCCGCUGUCGGAUCGCCGCACGGCGUGGUGAUACCUGCAGUUUUGAACUGUACUCCGUAAACACAGGAUGAAGGAAAAACUCCUGAUCUGCUCUGCUGUCAUAAAAAGCGAGGCUUCACCGCUCAGUGGGAAUGUGUUGCUCUGGUAUGAAGUUAUUAUGGACUUCAUCUGCCUUUCUGCUCACUCUCAGGUCCUCUCCUGUGUCAAAUACACCAGAACAGUCUGCUUUCCUCCAGCCCGUCGUGAAUUGGCGAGGCCGCUGCGCUCGUUGUUUCUUUCGGCCAGACGUCCCACUGAGCCUGAACGCCUCUGAAGUCCAGCCUGCAGCUUUCUACCGGGUUGUUUUCAAAGUGCCUUUCACUUCAGUACUGUGUUCUCUCCCAAUGCUGUGCCAGAGUUAUUUAUUAAAUAAUGAACAGAAACUC